UGGGCGCUCCUCUCUCUUUUUCUGCACAUCUGGCUGAACUGGGAGUCAGGUGGCUGACUUGGGGCCCGGUUGCCGCAGCAGGGGCAUCUGACUUCCACCGGCCCACGCCUCAGCGGCCCACGAGUCCACCAGGCCAUGGACGCGGUGGCUGUGUACCACGGCAAAAUCAGCCGGGAGACGGGCGAGAAGCUUCUGCUGGCCACGGGGCUGGAUGGCAGCUAUUUGCUGAGAGACAGCGAGAGCGUCCCGGGCGUGUACUGCCUGUGUGUGCUGUAUCAAGGUUACAUUUAUACAUACCGAGUGUCCCAGACAGAAACAGGUUCUUGGAGUGCUGAGACAGCACCUGGGGUUCAUAAAAGAUUUUUCCGGAAAAUAAAAAAUCUCAUUUCAGCAUUUCAGAAGCCAGAUCAAGGUAUUGUAAUACCUCUGCAGUAUCCAGUUGAGAAGAAGUGCUCAGUUAGAAGUGCACAAGGUACUACAGGGAGAAGAGAAGAUCCUGAUGUCUUCCUGAAAGCACCAUGAAGAAAAAUCAAAUACCUUGUACUUUAUUUUCUAUAAUUUAAAUCUAUGCUAAGUCUUAUAUAUUGUAGAUAAUACAGUUCAGUGAGCUACAAAUGUAUUUCUAAAACCAUCAUAGUCCCGUAAUGGAAGUCUCUAGCAUGAUGCAAAAGCUGAAAUGGACUUUGCCGGUAAUGAGACGCUUUGAAAUGAGGUUAUUUUCAGUGUUAUUUACAAAUGGGAAACGAUUUAAAACAUAAUGGUACUUUAGAAAAGAUUAAUGUCAAUUCUUGCCAAAUAUAAAUAAAAAUAAUCCUCAGUUUUUUUCUCAAAAUCACCAUUUUUUAGUGAAAUAUUAUUUGACAGCUACUGAUUUUAAAAUGUCUUGCUUGAUUAGAUGGCAGGAAGCCGGUUCGUGUCCCUCGUCUUUGUCAUUAGGUAUUACGCUCUCCACUGGCUAUGGUGGUGUAGGGUCUUUGGGGAUUUAUGAAGUUGUGCACUGUGUGUUAAGACAAGUACUGGAUAAAGAGGGAAGAAUUUCUGUUUAAUUCUAAAAGCAACCUUUUCGCCUAGUGUCCUGAAGUUGGAUAGCAGAAUCCACAGACCAAUCUGGAGUUUAAAAAUCCCGUAAUUUAAAAUACGCUCUAAAUGUUGAUUACAUUUGAUAUUACAGGAUUUUUCAUCUACCUCUACCCCAGUUGUUGGUACUCCACGUAAAACCUUAUUUUGAAAGGAAACUUCAGCAGCUGUGCUCCUGAGUAGCUGAUUUACAAGCGAUCUCCCUAUUAGGUAGCCCUAUGGGAGCCCUGAAAACCUUACAGUUGUGUUUUUUUUUAACAAUUCCAAGCGACGGCAACCUAAGUGAGAGCCAAGAUUUUACACAGUGACAGAUAUUUAUAUUUUUUCUCACAUGUAUAUUUUCAUGACUUUUGUGAUUUGAUUAUAUAUCAAGUUGUUUCGGGGCUCCUAGAAUUCACUCACUCAACAAACACAGUAGGCACUGGGGUAGAGAAGUAAAAACACCCAGCCCCUGUGCUCAGGCAGCUCGCUCUCUAGUUGGACAAGAAAACAGUAACAAUUAAAAAAAAGUACAGAAAAAGAGCAAAAGAUGUCAAUAAAAGGUGAUAAGCACAUGCUAAGUGAGGUUCCCACUGUGUAGGUGGAUCUGUUGUUAGAGGCAGAAUGAGUCAAGACAAAUACUCUGGUCCGUGGUCCAUAGGAAAAUGCUAAGUUCUGUUAUAAACUAAUAAAUUGGAAUUCUGGGUUGUACACGAGUCGGGGUGAGCUUGAUGAACUGCCGAGAGACAGAGCUACUCUCCGUGCACUGGCAAGAUCUGGUGUCUGAGCAUUUAACAUGGAUGCAGUGCGAGUGCCGACGUGGAGUUGGGCCAUUUACCAUUUCUAGAAAUAAAGGCAUCACUUUAACUUGUGAAGGAAUUCAGAAAGCUAACUUUCAAAACAAAAUGCGUAUGUUUAGAUAAUUUUUCCUUUUUUGUAGCUUGGGUUUAAAUUUUAAUAGGUGUAACUAAUUUUCACUCUCUCUAGCUUGUUCAUUCUGGAAUAAUCCUAAAUACAUGAAUUAUGUUUGCAUGU